AUGCCGAAUCGUAACAUGCUAGGAGCACUGCCUUACUACAAUCGGCAUUAUAGGCAGCCACUUGCAGGUCUCCAUCAGAGCAUGCCUACCUCAGAGGAGCAGCACACGAGAACUGAUGCAGAACCUUCUGAAGGUGCCUUCGGAGAAGUUACGGACUCUAAAGAAGACGAGGAAGAGGACAUGCGAAAACAUGGCGGACCAAAUGCACGAGGAUUCCCGAAUGGGGACAUGCUUGAAGAGCAACCUUAUAAUAAUCUGAAAUAUGAGAAAAAUUCUGAAGUUAUGCACCCCUACAUGCCGCUUACAGAAGAAGAGAGCAUGAAAAAUAACGAAGAGGAAUCUGAAGAACAGCCUGAAGAAGUUCAGGCUUUCGAAGAGGGCGAGAACGAGAGCAUGCGAAAAGGUGCACGACGAUAUACAGAAGACAUUCCGUAUUUCAACACGCUGGAAGAAAUGUCCCCCCAUGGUCUAAAUUCUAUAAAUCUACGUUCUGAUGUAGUCUCGGAAGAAAAACAGGACUCUAAAGAAGAUGAGAACACGAAUGAAGAAGUAUUUUUGUUUUCGAAUAUGGCAGAUGAAUUGCAUCAUUACAAAGGAGAUCAUGGAAUGACCUCUCAAGCUGACCAGCAGAACACCAAGACCAUGGGAGACGAAAAAGCUUCCUUGGAGGGUGCGAAGACUGCUCAAGCUGACCAGCACAACAGCAAGACCACGGAAGGCGAAGAUUCCUCGAAGAAUGCGACGAACUCUCAAGCUGAUCAGCAGAAUACCAAGACCGCUGGAGAUGAAGCAGCUUCCUUAGCGAAUGUGAAGACUUUCCAAGCUGACCAGCAGAACACUAAGACCACGGAAGACAGAACAGCUUCCUUAGAGAGUACGAACACUUCCCAAACUGACCAGCAAAAUACCAAGACCACGGGAGACGAAACAGCUUCCUUGGAGAGUACGACUCCAUCGAUAGCCGACAGUUCAACAGCUGAGGCGACCCCAUCCGAAGUUAUUCAGCCUGAGACAACCACUACAGAAGUCAAGCACAUCCAGAACGAAACAGAGAGCACAACUACAACGAAGAACUCCCGUUCAACGGCUCAAACAACACCUAGUAGCCACGAGAAGACAAAAAAUAUUGAAUUGACAUCUACCCAGAACGGAACAGAUUUUCUAAAUGAUGUAAGAGGACUUGAAGAUAGGAGCAAUGCUACAGUAUCUGUGGAAUAG